GACUCAACAGUGAGCUCGACGGAAUAAAAUUCGUCCCGUCCUCCGCUAAGAACGUCAUCUGAUCAGGUCACAAUCUCGAACAAGCAUUUGAUUCUACAACAUGAUUUACUCUGCGCCUAUAUAUCUAUAGUGAUGGGAAGGGGAGGGGGUAAAGUGAAGAGCCAUCGAAGAUCGAAGAUGGGAGAAACAGAGACGCUGAACCAGGUGGUGAGGCUGGUGGAGGCGUUCAGAGCAUUCGACGGGGACAACGACGGGAGGAUAACGAGGGAGGAGCUGGGAGGAAUGAUGGGGUCGAUAGGGUACAGGGUUAGCGAGGAGGAGGUGGGGAGGAUGAUGGAGGAAGGAGACAAGAACAGGGACGGGCUGCUGAGCAUGCAGGAGUUCCUGGAGCUGAGCACCAAGGAUUUGGAGUGCGUGGAGCUGGGGCAUUUGCUCAGAGCAGCUUUUCAAGCGCUGGACGAAGAAGGCAGCGAGACUGUGACGGGGGAGGAGCUGCACGAGGCGAUGGCUGAUUCGCUGUCCCUGGAGAAUUGCGAACACAUUGUGGCUUCGCUUGAUGUGGAUGGAGAUGGAGCUGUGAGCCUCGACGACUUCAGGCUCAUUCUCAAUGCCCUCCUCUGAUAUCUGAUCCCUCCUCUAUCACCAUGGCUCACUCUUUUACCCAUCACCAUGCCAUCUAUGCAACCUCAAUCUCCCCAGGGGUCAUAUGUUUAUCACUUCCCUUUUUAUUUCCCAGCUUGUACUUUGAUGCACGUUGCCGAGUUUUCUAUACAUAUGACCGCUAUAAAUGCCAACCAUAAUCAUAAGUGUUUGUAUUUGGGAAAAGCUCUUUCAAUUACUUUUUCGUUGGAACACGUAGUAUCAAAGUUUAAUGAAUAAGAGCCUUUGUUGCUCACA